AUGGAAUGUUCGAUAGACUAUAUGUAUGAAGAAACUGUCGAUGACAAUAAUAGUGACGAGACCAAGCAUCACUGCGGCUGUCACGAGAUCGUAAGUGCUCACGCACCUACGGAAACUGCUGAGGACAACAGUAAGGACGCCUUCUAUGAUGAACUCAAUGCGUUAAUGUCUAAAAUACCAAGCCAGCAGGUGGUCAUUGUCGGAAUCGACGCAAAUGAAUCCGAUGUGCUAGGAAAAUGGUACUAUGCAGCGGAGCGCACGUCGGACAACGCUCGACUACGUUCUGGCGAGGUUCCUCAGUCAGAUAUCCGGAAAUCUAGAGCUGUUUUGGACGUCGCGUUCGACUCUGACCACCGUCCAGUUCUUUUCAGCUUCAAGACACCGUUCCACAAGAGAAACCGAGGAGUUCCUCUCCAACCGAAAAUCGACAUGGCAGGUCUGAAAGACGAUGAAUGCAGAAAAAAAUUCCGCCAACGUGUGUCUAUUCAUGUUGGAGUACGGACAAGGAAGAAGCUUAGCGAUGCGGAUUCCUUCACAAAGUGCAUCCAGGACGCUGCAAGGGAAACGCUCCCGGUUCUAUUGCCGCAGAAGAAGUUUGCCUUUGCAUCUGCGGAAACAAAAUCCACAUACAAUUCUGUAUGUGUCGCGCGCAGCGCUGGUGACUUCAACCAGGAAAAACAUCUUAGAAGGAAGCUGCGUCGUCAACUGCAACAAGACCGCGAUAACGAGUGGAGUCAAGAGCGAUGGAGUUUGAGAAGGCGUGGGAGGACAGGAGCCCGCGGAAAGCCUAUGCUCUACUAA